AUGACCCUGCAUGCUACUGCUGGUGGUGGUGGCAGUGGCGCUGGUGGUGGUGGCAGUGGCGCUGGUGGUGGUGGUGGCGGCGGCGGCGGCGGCGGUGGUGGUGGUGGUGGUGGUGGUGGUGGUGGUGGUGGUGGUGGUGGUGGUGGUGGUGGUGGUGGUGGUGGUGGUGGUGGUGGUGGUGGUGGUGGUGGUGGUGGUGCUGCUGCUGCUGGAACUGGUGGUGGUGUUGGGAAAGGUGUUAGGGAUAUGGGAGUGAGGGAUAUGAGAGUGAGGGAUAUGGGUAUGAGGGAUAUGGGAGUGGUGGAUAUGGGAGUGAGGGAUAUGGGAGUGAGGGAUAUGGGAGUGAGGGAUAUGGGUGUGAGGGAUAUAGGAGUGAUGGAUAUGGGUGUGAGGGAUAUGGGAGUGGGGGAUAUGGGAGUGGGGGAUAUGGGAAUGAGGGACAUGGGAAUGAGUGAUAUGGGAGUGAGUGGUAUUAGAGAUAGGGAUAUGGGAGUGAGUGGUAUUAGAGAUAGGGAUAUGGGAGUGAGGGAUAUGGGGAGUGAGAGGUAUGGGAAUGAGUGA